CAAAGCCCUGAGUGAAAAUAACAUUGUAAGGGGAUUAGUAAUGCUAAGGAACCGUAUUAAGAUUGAAGAGAAGAAGCUGGAGUUUGUUUUUGAGAUAGUGAAUGUCCAGUUUAAUCAGCUGGGGCAGUACAGGCUUAUGCUGACAGUGGAGAAUCCACUUAUGGCAGGAUCUGGCUCUGGAGUCCAGCUCAGAGUGAAGGAUGAAGAGAUCAUUCAGGCAAACUCAGUUUCCACUGAUACUGUUGAGCAGGCUUGUUUGGAAGAAGUCUAUGCUUUUUCGAGCAACAAGUUUGUCUUCACACUGCCCGAAGGUAGGACACAUUACCUCAUUUUUGGUUCACUGUUGCAGGACAGUCACCAUCUGCAUGAGAUCAAGUCAGUUUUUCCUGGGUAGCAUGGUGGUGCACCAUGACCCUGAACAGGUUAAACUGCUCAGUGAAAAUCAGUGAAUGGAUGAUGAUUUUUUCCCUUUGUUAGGCUUUUGCAAGAAUGACAGAAACCAUGAUGUUCGACUAAAAGUGGAGGCCAUUCGUGUGACAGACUCAGAGGUGAAAGCUGGUGAGGGGUUCUUCGCAAUUUAUCCCAGAACCAAUGCCCCACAGAUUAACCUCUAUGCAGAACCAGGGGAGGAACUCUAUCAGUACAGUGGCAUCAUGGCACUGCUCCGUGUGCAGAAUGAUUACCUGGCCAUGCAUUGUGGGCGCUUGCUCUACUCAGUGGCUCUACAUGAGGCCAAGCCCAUUAGUCUGCAUGAAAAUAACUCUUCUUGCUUACCUUUAGUAAAGAAGGAGAAACUGUAUAAUAGAGAUCAUGUUCCAUGGCCUUGCUCUGCCCAUGUGGACAGUCUGGUAUCUCUUGAACAGCAGCGUGGAACAUUAGAUUUACAGAAAUCCCAAGACACUGAGUACACAUUACCCAGCCUGUGGCUUCAAGUGCCCAUUUUGAAUACAGAGCCUGAUGCUAAAAUAGACAGCUCCAGAGAGAGGCUUCCAUCCUCUCCAAGGAGUGCUACAGACACGGCGCAGCUCAAGACCAAGACUGAGCCUGAUUUGAGUGGCCUGGCCUUAUUUCCCCAUGAACACACCCCAUCACAAAGUCCUGAGCCCUUCCCAUAUAUUUACGUGACAGAGUCUCCCCUGAGGAAAGAAAGUGCCUUUCUGUCCCCACUCUGUCCCCCUCAUGUGUCCCAGCAAGGGCACGAGAUCAUCAGCGUCACUCUGCAUGGUGCCACCAGUCUUCCUCUGCUGAUAGAUGGAGGAGUUCCACUGCCAUUUGCUAUUGUGAGUACUAUAGAGGAUGGGACUGGUAGGUGGAGGAGCCAGGCAGUAACACACUGUGCUCUGGAAUCCACUCACAACCCCUGCUGGGAGGAGAACCUAUCAGUGGAGCUUGUGCAUGUUGAAGGCCACAGGGAGGAUGUUGUUAUAAAUAUAGCAGAUGGUCCAUCAAAAGAGCUUCUGGCCCAUUUCCGGAUGCCUUCAUCUCAUCUUGAGCCUUUUCAACACUACCACCUGGAGCUGGUACAGCCCCACAGGGCAGUACCCUCAGGAGUGCGCGUCUAUGUUACCAUGGUGCGGAAACUCAGCCUCCUCCCCAGACUCCCUUGCUUCUCCUUCACUGGCUUUGAGGUGCUGUUGCAGUCCAUUGACAGUCCGUUGAAAGAUCCAGUGGGACCCUUAUUAGCUGUUGCCAGUAUUGUUGCUGAUUAUGAUUCAUACAGAGAGACUAUGCUGCUGCAUGUGCCCAGGGCAGCAUGCGUCGGUGUGAUGUCUGUUCCAUUCCCACAGCCUCCUGAAUCUGUCUUCACUCUUCCGGUGCUCACAGCUCAGGGCCAGCCUCAGAUUUCACAGCCAGGAUCACCUGAGGAGCAGCCAGUGUGGAACCACUGCUUCCUGUUCCUGGGUCGGGACUGUGCCACUGCCUUCACUCCGGGAGCAGCUUUGGUACUUGAGUACUAUCCUAAAGCUACAGUGAUGAAUACCAUGAGCUGGCACCUGAGGAACCCUGUAGCAUUUUCAGCCCUGAGUCUAAACCAGCAGCUCUACAGCAGCCUAAUGUCUGAGAGAGGCCAGAAAGGCUUGAGACUGCAGUGCCUACCUCUACAGGGCGGCUCACUGCAGACCAUUUCAGACACGUCUCCCUCCGUCAGUCUUGUGCUGCGUCUCAUUGGCUCAGAGCGUCCAGUCUCCACCCUGAGCCAGGUGGACUGCAGUCUGCUUCCCUGUGUGCAACUGGCGCUCCAGGAUGAGCUCUUCUCUGCUCUUGUUGAAGGAGAGCUAGAAGUUCCUCAUACAGUGCUGGAGUUGGAGCAGUCAGACAGUGGAGACAAUUCUUCCCGUAUAGAAAACCACACCCUACACAAGUCCACUGUGCGUCUCCACCACUCUGCACUGCACUCCUUUUCUCCUCCCUUCUCAGACCACCACACCCUCCUGCAGGCUGCUCUCCAGAGGGAUGGAUAUGAUUUGCCAGCCUAUGAUGCCCUUGCCCAGAUCCUCCCAGAAUAUCAGCACAUCUUCAAAACACCCAAAGCUCCUCAACAGAGCAAAGGAGAACCAAAAGAACAGAAGAAGUCCAAGAGGUCGUUAGAGCUCAACCAAACAUUUGAAAUCCAUUCUCCACACGAGAGACUUCCAGUGCCUACUGUUCAGGCUGAUGAUCCACAUGUUGCAGAGAUUACUGAACACCAGACCAAAGAGCUAGAAAACUAUCGUACUGCCAUGUGUAAGAUGGCAGAGGACAUCCUCGCUCUGCGCUCUCAGGUGGCCAGUCUGGAGGAGCAGAACAGCCAGCUUCGCAGUGAACUCUCAAUGAACCAGGAUCUGGGGCGCACACUACUGGAUGACACUGACAUUGACGUCAUGACCAAGGCUGAGAUUGCAGACAGAAUAGUUUCUCUGAAGUGCAAGCUGGCUAGUGAGAGUAGUAAGGCAGCAGAUCAGAGGGAUAAGAUCCAGCAGCUUCAGAAUGAGCUCAUCAGGAAAAAUGACAAUGAGAAGGAGUUGGUGCGACUACAGCGAGCGCAUCAACAGCAACAGGCUGUGCUGCAGCGCUACCAAGGACAGAUCAAGAAAGUCUCAAAUCUGGAGGCUACCAUACGCCAACAAGAGAAGGUUAUUGAAAGGAUGGAGAAGGUGCUAACCACAAAGCUGGGAGAGAGAAAUAAAGAAAAUGCAGAGAGAAAGAAGAAGGUCUUAAAAGAAAAAGUUUCAGAGGAGAGCAGAAUGAAGGAGAUUGAGACUAUACUGGCUGCAGAAAACUCUCGCCUCAGAGCAGAGCUGGAAAGACUUCGCCAACAGCCACAGCCUAUUAUUAUACAACAACCUGCACAGCAGCCUUUUGCAGACAGUGAGAAGCUCAGACUGUUAGAGCAGCUAGAGAGAGCAGAGGUCUGCAUCCAUACUUUGGGCAAACAGCUGGAGGAGAACGCCAGGCAGUGGGGGAAAGAAAAGCAGGACAUGUUGACCAGACUCAGUGAAUACAAUCAUGGAUUUGCACGUACAUCCACCUUGCAUCACUUGCCACUGAAAACUGUUUCAGACUCCAUUUUGGGACACAUACGUCAUAAGCAGCUGGACACCCUUAAAUAACCUGAUUCAACAUCACAGUAUUUAAAAUGUUGUUUUAUGCAGUAUAAACAAGAAAAGACAGCAAAGAAAUAC